UAUUGGAAAUGGAGAUGGAGAAGUCUUCUUACAACAGAGCUCUGACAGUUACAGUGUUGCGAAAGGACAGAAUAAAGUAAAACCAGUUGGCAUGAACAACAGUGGAGUGUCUGAACAGUAGAGGACUUCAUGAAGAUUUCAAAGUGGCUGAACACUUGAACGCCAUGCAGGACCAAAGGAAAGGAGACGGAGAAACAGGGCUGGCCAUUGUGGACACGACAGAACUGUCUCACCUGUACACAUCAGACGCGUGCUUCACUCACCUCAGGGAGGAUCAAAAUUUCUCAUCAUUGGCAAAAGUAACCAGAGAUUCAGUGAGGCAAUACCUUCAAUUCAGACCUGACCAAUCAGUGAUCAUCUUGCAUGCCAAAGUUGCUCAGAAGUCUUACGGCAAUGAGAAGAGGUUUUUCUGUCCACCUCCUUGCGUGUAUCUCACUGGACACGGAUGGAAGCUCAGACAGGAGCAGCUGAAAGCAUCAGGUCUAGGAGAGUCCAGUUGUCGGCUUUUCGGUUACAUGGGUCUGGACAGCUCCGCUGAUCCGCGGACAGACAGUUUCAAGCUGAGCUUUGAGGAGCAAACAGACAGGAAGAUGUUUGCCUGUGCUAAAACAUUGUAUAUCUCAGAUACGGACAAACGAAAGCACUUUCAUCUGCUGCUACACCUGUUUCACAGCGGAGGGCAAGAAAUUGGCACAUUUAACAGCAGACUCAUUAAAGUCAUCUCCAAACCAUCACAGAAGAGGCAGUCCAUGAAAAACGCUGACCUGUGUAUUUCAUCAGGCUCAAAAGUGUCGUUGUUUAACCGCUUACGGUCGCAGACAGUCAGUACACGUUACCUGGCAGUGGAAGACGGGGCUUUUGUAGCCAGCGCAAGACAAUGGACAGCCUUCACUGUUAUGUUAGUGGAGGAGAUGCAUGCCGCUCAUAGUGAAUAUACUGUGUGCGACAGCUACAUCUGUUAUGGCUGUGUGGUUCAGCUGGUAUGCACUGACUCAGGAGUGGCGCUGCCACCAAUGGUAAUACGUAAAGUGAACAAGCAGCAUGCAUGUCUAGAUGUGGAUGAGCCUGUGUCUCAGCUUCAUAAAUGUGCUUUCCAGUUCAGAGACAGUAGCCACAUGUACCUGUGCCUGUCUAAUGAAAAAAUCAUACAGUUCCAGGCCUCUCCGUGUCCUAAAGAAAGUAAUAAGGUGUUACUGAAUGACGGCUCCUGUUGGACCAUCAUUGGAACGGAGGUGGUUGAAUACACCUUUAGUGAGAGUCUCACCAGUCACCCGACCACCAUCAGCCCCGUACCUUUCAUCAAUGGACUAGAGUUGAACGGAGGUGGACACGUGGCUAUGUUGGAGCUUCAUGGAGAAAACUUCAGUCCACACUUAAAGGUCUGGUUUGGCAACAUGCAAGCUGAGACAAUGUUCAGGUCCUCCAGGUCUCUGCUGUGUGUCGUUCCUGACGUAUCCAUAUUGAGUGGUGAGUGGAGAUGGAUGAGACAACCAAUCACAGUGCCUUUAUCCCUGAUCCGAUUGGACGGUCUGAUCUACAGGAGUUCGUAUUCAUUUACUUACACACCAGAGCACAGCGCCCCCUCUCAACCAAACGGUACAACAGAGAGAACCGCAGACUCGGACUCGCUCAUAGACACCAUUCACCAGGAGUUCACACGGACGAACUUUCACCUAUUUAUGCAGAGCUGAGAUCACACACAAAUAUUCAUGUCAGAUUAUGUCCAGUCCUGGCUCACAUUCUAGCCUCUUGUUAACACUUACAAUAACAAGAAAAACUCUCGCAGCAUGUAAUCACAUAGAGCUUUAGGGAGCUUACGCACUACAGACAGCUCUGACAGAGUGUUUGACACUUAGGAAUGCACAAGAUCUGUGUGCUGAGGCUGUGGAGAGAACCGGGUCGGUCUGAAAUAAAGAUGAAAUACUGUUAAUUGGAUUCAGGAAAUUGGACAUGCCUCUGUGACGUUUUCAUUGGUCAUUCUGAGUAUCACUUUCCCAAACCAUUUUGUUUUCUGUCGCUUUGCUGUGCAACAUCCAUACUGAAAUUGGGUGAUUGCAUUCUGAGUACAGAUAAUGCUUGGAAAAAUAAAGUUUGGGGAUAGUAAGUAUUUUUUAAAGAACUUAAAACAUUUAAUUUCAGCAAGGAUGCACAAAAAAGUAGCAAAACAUUUCCAUUUCAAAUGAAUGCUGUUCUCUUUAACUUUCUAUUUAUCAAAGAAUCCUGAAUUAAAAUGUGACCCUGGACCACAAAACCAGUCAUAAGUAGCACAGGUAUAUUUGUAGCAAUAGCCAAAAAUACAUUGCAUGGGUCAAAAUUAUUGAUUUUUCUUUUAUGCCAAAAAUCAUUAGGAUGUUAAGUGAAGAUCAUGUUCCAUGAAGUUAUUUUGUAAGAUUAACAUAUAAAAACUUUCAAGUUUUUGAUUAGUAAUAUGCAUUGCUAAUAACUUCAUUUGGACAACUUUAAAGGCGAUUUUCUCAAUAUUUAAUUUUUUUGCACCUUUAGAUUCCAGAUUUUCAAAUAAUUGUAUCUCGGCCAAAUAUUGUCCUAUCUCAACAAACCAAUACAUCAGUGGAUAGCUUUAAGAUGAUGAUAAAUCUCAGUUUCAAAAAACUGACCCUUACGACUGGUUUUGUGGUCCGGGGUCAUAAAUGCAUCACGGUUUCAAUAUAAAAUAUGAAGCAGCACAACUGUUUUUAACAUUGGUAAUAAUCAGAAAUGUUUCUUGCGCAGUAAAUCAGCAUAUUAGAAUGAUUUCUCAAGGAUCAUGUGACACUAAAGUCUGGAGUAAUGAUGCUGAAAAUUCAGCUUUGCAUCACAGAAAUAAAUUACAUUUUAACAUAUAUUCACAAAGAAAGCAAUUAUUUAAAAUUCUAAUAAUAUUUCAUAAUAUUGCUGUCUUUACUGUAUUUUUCAUCAUAUAAAUUCACUUUGUGAGUGAACAGGAGACUUCAAAAUGUGAUUUUUUUUAGUUUACAAGAAUAGCACUUAUUUGAGGUAGAAACCUUUUGUAACAUUAUAAGUGUCUUUCCUUUAACUUUUGAUCAACUGAAUGCAUCCUUAAAGAAUAAAAGUA